AUGUCGGCGAGUGAAUCUUCUACAAUCUCUUCUACAAUGUCUUCUACUAUGUCUUCUACAUUCUCUUCUACAAGUUCCUCAGCUAUGUCUACUAUUAUUCCGAGCUCCUCCAUCUCGGAUCCUGCUUACACACUUUAUUCUUCGGAUAACCUGGGUACUCUGAUCACUCCGGUUCUUCUCCGUGGUGAUAACUACUCCGAAUGGGCUACUAAGCUUUGGAAUUCUCUACAAGCUAAACAAAAGAUCGGAUUCAUCGAUGGUACUAUUGUGAAACCAGAGACGAAUCCUGAUCUUGCUCGUUGGACUGCUACUAACUCCAUGAUUGUCGGAUGGAUACGUACAUCCAUCGAUCCCACGAUCAGAUCUACUGUUUCUCAUGUUCCUGAUGCACACAAGCUCUGGAACGCUCUUCAACGUCGGUUUUCCGUCAACAACAGUGUCCACAGACAUCUCCUUACUGAUGAUAUCACCAACUGCAGACAGAACGGACAACCAGUUCUAGAGUACUACGGUCGUCUUUCUAAGCUAUGGGAAGAGCUUCAGAACUUCCAAACCUCUCGGUCUUGUUCUUGCGAUGCAUCUGUUGAUCUAGAAAGAGAACGAGAGGAGGCUCGGGUUCACAAAUUUCUUUUUGGACUCGAUGAAGCUCGUUUCAGCUCGAUUCGAUCUCAAAUCAUAGACGAAGACCCACUUCCGGAUUUGAACUCUGUUUACUCUCGUAUUGUACGAGAAGAGCAACAUCUCACGAUGCGCUCCAAGGAUAUCAAAAACGAGGCUGUUGGUUUCUCUGUCAAAUCGGAGUCACCACAUUCAUCUACUCCAUCUGCUGCAGCUGCUUUUCGUAGUCGUGAUCCUGCACGUUCUUGCACCCACUGCAAUCGUAAAGGACAUGAUGUUUCCGAGUGUUUCGCUCUUCAUGGAUACCCUGAAUGGUUUCUCAAACAGCAAGCUGCACAAGGACGAGGCGCUCCUUCCCAGCGUGGUCGUGGAGGCCGCACAACUACUUCUGCAGGUCGUGGCCGAGGCAGAGCUAACACUACCCGUACAGCUCCUCUCCACGGCACCGAUACCUCCAUCACCAACGUUGCUCCUUCACAUGCCUCAGAUCAAAUUGCCGCCUUGAUCAGCCUCCUUCAGAACCAACAAACCCAGUUAUCCAUUGAUCGUCUGUCUGGUAAAACUAAACUCAUUGAUGUUAUUAUCGAUACAGGAGCAUCACACCAUAUGACGGGUGAUUUAUCUCUUUUACGAGAUGUACGAGACAUCGUUCCCUCUGCGGUUUUGUUUCCGGAUGGAAACACUUCUCGUGCGAUCAAACUCGGAACCUUGUCUCUCAAUGAUGAUUACUUUCUACGAGAUGAUCGUUUCUCGAGGACCCUGAUUGGAGCAGGUGAAGAGAGAGAGGGGGUCUACUAUUUUACGGGAGUCACGGUCGCGCGGUCCCAUCAUGCUACAAAGGACAAGACAUCUCCUUCUGUGCUUUGGCAUCGCAGACUUGGUCAUCCCUCCUACAAAGUGUUAUCGGCUUUACCGGUGUUCAAUAGUUUUAAGUUUGAUUUCAGUCAUGUGAAUUCGUGUGACAUCUGUUUUCGCGCUAAACAAACGCGUGGUGUUUUUCAAGAUAGUCUUAAUAAUACGAGUGCUCCUUUUGACUUAAUCCAUUGUGAUGUUUGGGGUCCCUAUCGUACGCUUUCUUCUUGUGGUGCUGCAUAUUUUCUAACCAUUGUUGACGACUACUCACGAUCUGUUUGGACUUUCUUGAUGCUUGAGAAAUCAGAAACUAAGGGUCUCAUACAGAACUUUUGCGCCAUGAGUAGUAGACAGUUCGGGAAACCAGUUAAACGAGUACGUAGUGAUAAUGGAACAGAGUUUAUGGUGCUUUCUACCUUCUUUCGUGAACAGGGUAUUGAUCACCAAACUUCGUGUGUCGAUACGCCUCAACAGAACGGUCGUGUGGAAAGGAAACACAGGCACAUUCUCAAUGUUGCUCGUGCUUGUCUUUUCCAAGCUCGUUUACCGGUUACCUUCUGGGGAGAAAGCAUCCUCACUGCCGCUCACAUCAUCAAUCGCACUCCAUCCUCUGUUCUUGACGGUAAAACCCCUUACGAGUUACUACAUGGAACACCACCUAAGUAUGAUUUACUGCGAGUCUUUGGUUGCCUUAGUUAUGCACAUCGACGCGGAAGAGACAAGGAUAAGUUUGGCGAUCGCAGCAGGAAGUGUCUCUUCGUCGGUUACCCCUUUGGCAAGAAAGGCUGGCGUCUCUAUGAUCUUGAAAGGAAUGAAUUUUUUACAAGCCGAGAUGUUAUCUUCCUUGAAGACGAGUUUCCAGGAAUUCCUGAUACUGAGUAUGUUUCUCACCCUGUAUAUCAACCCGAUGUUGGCGUCGACGAUUGGUUACUUCCUUCUUUAUCUACUCCUUCAACGAUGGUGAAUUCAGCUCCUCCUGCGAUUCCCUCAGCUGAAGCUACUCCUAUAAUACCUACUACUACUGAUACAACCGUCACGGCUGAUUCUCUCAUACCAGCCUCUGUUACUUCUUCUCCAAAUUCCCCUGUAACUCCGAUAGAAGCUGAGUCUGAUGCUACUCCUGAACCUUCAUCUCCAGGACUACAUCAACUCCUCGGCAGGGGUCAUCGUCAACGACAGCCAUCAGUUCUUCUUAAGAACUUUGUUACCAAUACCGCGACUCUCCGUGACACACCCUCUCUCGCUUCAUCUACAUCCUCUCUUGGUUCUCCAGAUUCGAUUCCAGGUACACCACUCUACCCUAUCUCUAGUGUUUUAUCUGAUGCGAGUUUCUCUCCUUCUCAUAAAGCAUUCAUCGCGGCUAUCACUGCUGCGGUUGAGCCAACAACAUACAAUGAGGCUAUUAGAGAUAAGAUAUGGCGCGAAUCAAUGAAGGAGGAGCUUUGGAAUUCUCUACAAGCUAAACAAAAGAUCGGAUUCAUCGAUGGUACUAUUGUGAAACCAGAGACGAAUCCUGAUCUUGCUCGUUGGACUGCUACUAACUCCAUGAUUGUCGGAUGGAUACGUACAUCCAUCGAUCCCACGAUCAGAUCUACUGUUUCUCAUGUUCCUGAUGCACACAAGCUCUGGAACGCUCUUCAACGUCGGUUUUCCGUCAACAACAGUGUCCACAGACAUCUCCUUACUGAUGAUAUCACCAACUGCAGACAGAACGGACAACCAGUUCUAGAGUACUACGGUCGUCUUUCUAAGCUAUGGGAAGAGCUUCAGAACUUCCAAACCUCUCGGUCUUGUUCUUGCGAUGCAUCUGUUGAUCUAGAAAGAGAACGAGAGGAGGCUCGGGUUCACAAAUUUCUUUUUGGACUCGAUGAAGCUCGUUUCAGCUCGAUUCGAUCUCAAAUCAUAGACGAAGACCCACUUCCGGAUUUGAACUCUGUUUACUCUCGUAUUGUACGAGAAGAGCAACAUCUCACGAUGCGCUCCAAGGAUAUCAAAAACGAGGCUGUUGGUUUCUCUGUCAAAUCGGAGUCACCACAUUCAUCUACUCCAUCUGCUGCAGCUGCUUUUCGUAGUCGUGAUCCUGCACGUUCUUGCACCCACUGCAAUCGUAAAGGACAUGAUGUUUCCGAGUGUUUCGCUCUUCAUGGAUACCCUGAAUGGUUUCUCAAACAGCAAGCUGCACAAGGACGAGGCGCUCCUUCCCAGCGUGGUCGUGGAGGCCGCACAACUACUUCUGCAGGUCGUGGCCGAGGCAGAGCUAACACUACCCGUACAGCUCCUCUCCACGGCACCGAUACCUCCAUCACCAACGCUGCUCCUUCACAUGCCUCAGAUCAAAUUGCCGCCUUGAUCAGCCUCCUUCAGAACCAACAAACCCAGUUAUCCAUUGAUCGUCUGUCUGGUAAAACUAAACUCAUUGAUGUUAUUAUCGAUACAGGAGCAUCACACCAUAUGACGGGUGAUUUAUCUCUUUUACGAGAUGUACGAGACAUCGUUCCCUCUGCGGUUUUGUUUCCGGAUGGAAACACUUCUCGUGCGAUCAAACUCGGAACCUUGUCUCUCAAUGAUGAUUACUUUCUACGAGAUGAUCGUUUCUCGAGGACCCUGAUUGGAGCAGGUGAAGAGAGAGAGGGGGUCUACUAUUUUACGGGAGUCACGGUCGCGCGGUCCCAUCAUGCUACAAAGGACAAGACAUCUCCUUCUGUGCUUUGGCAUCGCAGACUUGGUCAUCCCUCCUACAAAGUGUUAUCGGCUUUACCGGUGUUCAAUAGUUUUAAGUUUGAUUUCAGUCAUGUGAAUUCGUGUGACAUCUGUUUUCGCGCUAAACAAACGCGUGGUGUUUUUCAAGAUAGUCUUAAUAAUACGAGUGCUCCUUUUGACUUAAUCCAUUGUGAUGUUUGGGGUCCCUAUCGUACGCUUUCUUCUUGUGGUGCUGCAUAUUUUCUAACCAUUGUUGACGACUACUCACGAUCUGUUUGGACUUUCUUGAUGCUUGAGAAAUCAGAAACUAAGGGUCUCAUACAGAACUUUUGCGCCAUGAGUAGUAGACAGUUCGGGAAACCAGUUAAACGAGUACGUAGUGAUAAUGGAACAGAGUUUAUGGUGCUUUCUACCUUCUUUCGUGAACAGGGUAUUGAUCACCAAACUUCGUGUGUCGAUACGCCUCAACAGAACGGUCGUGUGGAAAGGAAACACAGGCACAUUCUCAAUGUUGCUCGUGCUUGUCUUUUCCAAGCUCGUUUACCGGUUACCUUCUGGGGAGAAAGCAUCCUCACUGCCGCUCACAUCAUCAAUCGCACUCCAUCCUCUGUUCUUGACGGUAAAACCCCUUACGAGUUACUACAUGGAACACCACCUAAGUAUGAUUUACUGCGAGUCUUUGGUUGCCUUAGUUAUGCACAUCGACGCGGAAGAGACAAGGAUAAGUUUGGCGAUCGCAGCAGGAAGUGUCUCUUCGUCGGUUACCCCUUUGGCAAGAAAGGCUGGCGUCUCUAUGAUCUUGAAAGGAAUGAAUUUUUUACAAGCCGAGAUGUUAUCUUCCUUGAAGACGAGUUUCCAGGAAUUCCUGAUACUGAGUAUGUUUCUCACCCUGUAUAUCAACCCGAUGUUGGCGUCGACGAUUGGUUACUUCCUUCUUUAUCUACUCCUUCAACGAUGGUGAAUUCAGCUCCUCCUGCGAUUCCCUCAGCUGAAGCUACUCCUAUAAUACCUACUACUACUGAUACAACCGUCACGGCUGAUUCUCUCAUACCAGCCUCUGUUACUUCUUCUCCAAAUUCCCCUGUAACUCCGAUAGAAGCUGAGUCUGAUGCUACUCCUGAACCUUCAUCUCCAGGACUACAUCAACUCCUCGGCAGGGGUCAUCGUCAACGACAGCCAUCAGUUCUUCUUAAGAACUUUGUUACCAAUACCGCGACUCUCCGUGACACACCCUCUCUCGCUUCAUCUACAUCCUCUCUUGGUUCUCCAGAUUCGAUUCCAGGUACACCACUCUACCCUAUCUCUAGUGUUUUAUCUGAUGCGAGUUUCUCUCCUUCUCAUAAAGCAUUCAUCGCGGCUAUCACUGCUGCGGUUGAGCCAACAACAUACAAUGAGGCUAUUAGAGAUAAGAUAUGGCGCGAAUCAAUGAAGGAGGAGGUGUGUGCAUUGGAGAUCAAUAAAACGUGGAUUGUUGUUGCAUUACCACCAGGGAAGAAUGCCAUUGGGAGCAAAUGGGUUUUCAAGAUAAAGCACCACUCGGAUGGCAUGAUUGCUCGUCAUAAAUCUCGUUUGGUGGCGCUUGGAAAUCGACAAAAGGAAGGUCUUGACUAUACAGAUACUUUUGCUCCUGUUGCCAAGCCUUCUACAGUUCGUAUACUACUUAAUAUCGCUGCUGCAAAGAAUUGGGAAGUCCACCAAAUGGACGUUCACAAUGCUUUUCUCCAUGGCGAUUUGGAGGAGGAGGUCUACAUGAAGCUUCCGCCUGGCUUCGAGGGAUCUGAUCCAUCUAAGGUCUGUCUCUUGAAGAAGUCUAUCUACGGCCUUAAACAGGCUCCUCGGUGCUGGUUCGCUAAGCUCAAUUCUGCAUUGAAGACUUAUGGUUUCAAACAGAGCAAGGUGGAUUAUUCUCAUUUCUCUUUUAUCCGCGACAAUAUUGCUCUUCAUAUACUGGUCUAUGUUGAUGAUUUUAUUGUUGCUGGGAAUGAUCUGUCUACUAUACACAAGUUCAAGGCUUAUCUCAGUGAAUAUUUUCACAUGAAGGACUUGGGGAAACUUAAAUACUUUCUCGGGAUCGAAGUUGCUCGCAAUGCUGAUGGUUUCUUCUUGUCCCAACGCAAAUAUGCUCUGGAUAUACUGGCUGAAUCAGGCUUGCUUGCUUCCAAGCCUGCUUUGACACCUAUGGAGCUUAAUCACAAGCUCUCUCUUGCUACUGGCGAACCUUUGGCCGAUCCACAACGUUACCGUCGUCUCGUUGGUCGUCUCAUCUACCUUACUUUUACGAGACCGGAACUGUGUUACUCUGUCCACAUUCUGUCUCAGUUUAUGCAAACACCACUUCAGGCUCACUGGUCCGCUGCUAUCCGUGUUGUACGAUAUCUUAAGGGCUGUCCAGCUCAAGGCGUUCUUCUCCGUUCAGACUCUGACUUACGGGUUACUGCAUACUGUGACUCUGAUUGGAAUGCGUGUCCACUGACUCGCAAGUCCUUGAGGGCUUACAUUGUUCUUCUUGGUGCUUCUCCGGUUUCUUGGAAAACGAAGAAGCAGAAAACAGUCUCCAUGUCUUCCGCUGAAGCUGAAUAUCGUUCGAUGUCUUUUGCUUUGCGUGAGCUCAAGUGGAUCAAACGUUUGUUGACUGCAUUUGACGUGUCUCAUUCCAUGCCAAUGAAGUUAUUCUGCGACAGCCAAUCUGCCAUCUACAUUGCUGCCAGUCCGGUCUUUCACGAGCGUACCAAGCAUAUCGAGAAUGACUGCCACCUUGUACGUGAUGCUGUGGAAGAAAAACUCAUCACCACGGAACACAUUACCACGGACGAGCAACCCGCCGAUCUGCUUACCAAGUCACUGCCGGCUCCCACAUUCACUUACUUAUUGUCCAAGUUGGGGAUUCAAGAUGUUUCACCGCCAACUUGA